GGACAAUUGAGUCAUCCUGCCGCUAGCAUCCUCGUCAGUUAGCGUGGUAGUUUUUACCGGGAGGUUUGUAUGGGGCAUGUCGUUUGCUGAGGUUUGCUGUGUGAAGAUAAACCCACCUGAAGACAGCAGGGAUGGCUCUGGAGCAGCUCAGUGAUGUGGUCCAGAGAUGUCAAGCUCUUCCAGAUGACAGCUACACCACCGAGAAUCAUGACGUCUUCACGAUUGCAGGGCGUGCCUGCAUUGAGGAGGGCCACAGCGCACAGGUCCUUAGUAUCAUCCUGGAUGAAAAGAACCAGGACAUUGUGAGAUGUAUGGGUUGGAACCUGCUGCCUCCUCUGAUCCAGGUUCUGCUGAAAAAGGAAGACAAGAAUCUUCCUCAAUGCCUGGCCAUCUUCAACCAUCUGCUAAAGACCUGCAGGCCCAAAGAGUUGCUGAUUGGCCUGCUAGAGCAGCUGGAGCAGGAUGACCCUGUCGUGAUAGCAGAGAGCAUCCACCUGUUGUUGAACCCCCUACAGAAAGUGCUGCUGUCCCUGGGUGUACGUAAGGCAUCCUCUCUGGGCAUGACCCUGUCCUCUGUGCUGGACCAGGUGGCCAAACUGCCUCUACCUCACACCAAGGAGCAGGAGGAGGAUGAUGUCUUCUCGCUUUGUCGCUGCUGCACAGACUUGACAGACUUUGUCAGGCCGUUUGUCCACGAGGCCAGGCUGAACACCCUGAGCUGUGAUGAGAGAAGAAUCAAGAUAAGGGAAGAACCGGAGGGGGUGAAAGAGGAUGAGCUGCGGACAGAGCUGCUGAAGUACUGUAUGAAGACAUUGAGCCACCCUCUGUUGGAGGUUCAACUCAAAGAUCCUGACACUCUGGCCAUGUCUCCUCUCAGAAAUUUUGCCACAGAGGUUUUGAAAACUCUCCGUGCUAUCGGGGAGUCCCUCCCUGAUCUCGUGUAUCAGCCUCUGUUGAAGAGAAAACAGGUUCAAGGCUUCCUGGAAGAGGAGGUGCGUUAUCCUAGAGAGUCCUUGGCCAGCCUGGCUCAUCUGGUGUUUGUCCAUCACCUCACUGCUGAUACAUUCCCCAGUGUUUUCAGUCCUGUGUUCAGUCUGCGCUCAAACAUGGAGCACAUAAGCCUCCUUUUAUCCAGAACUGAUGAGUCCAGGAUUCAGAAAGGACUGGAGCUGUAUGAGAAGAGUCUGGUGCGUGUGGACGAUGGUUGUCUGCCUGCGGAUCUGCUGGAGAUCAAAACUUUCCUCACAGUCCCUGAGAAUUUGGUGAAGGUCAUGACACUGUGUCAGAGGCAUGAUUUGAGGACCAGGGGGCUGAAGGUUCUGCAGAUGAGCAUUGACAAGUUUGACACUAAAGCCAAGUACAAUUUCUUUCAGUACAUGCUGAAAACAAGUAAUCACUCUGGAGUUGAAGGCUACAUCAUCAAAAACAUCAGGAACCAGAUCGACAUUGCGUUAAAGCCAGGUAACAGUAACACCUGGUUUGAGGGAGCUCACCUGCUGCCUUUGUUGCGUAAAGUUCUCAUUCUACCAGAUGGCCCUGAGACCGACCUCCUGCAGUACCUGGACAGAAUUAUGGAGUCUCUGAACCUCCUACGUUAUCUGGUCAUCAGAGACAAAGUCACAGAGAACCAGACAGGGAUCUGGACAGAGCUGUAUAAAAUAGAAGAUACUUUCAUGAAGCCGCUACGUGUCGGAGUGAACAUGUCGAGAGCUCACUAUGAGAAGGAGCUGCAGAACACCAUGGAAACCAAGAAGAACAAGGCUAGAGAAAACCCAAUGAUCUCUGUGUCCGUUGGUGAUGAGAAGCUGCCCAACAUGACCACAGAGUCCCAGAUUCAGGCUCUGCACUCAGCUCUGCACACAUUCGACAUGAUCGAGAGCGUGUUGGUGCGAAUAGAAGAACUCACCGAGGUGCAGGACAAUCUUUAGUCUGAGAGAUUUUCAUUGUCUCAGGGGUCAAUGAACAAAUAGAAGCCUUCUAGUCUUUGAACUUUUACAGUUCUUGUGUAAAGAGAAUAAGCUGCACCUGUUGAACUGCACACUGCUUGUUUUUCUCCAAUAUUUCAAGGUUUCAGCAGCUCUGCUGAGCAUUUUAGGAACAAGUCAGACUUUUAAAUGCUUGUUAGGCGUAUAUAAAAUAUCAACAUAUUUUGAAAGUUUGCCUUUUGAAACUUUUGUAUACACAAGUUACAAAGAGAUGUACUGCUAUGCUAUUGACUGUGAUAUUUUCUAUGGCAAUGAAUAAAAAUUGCAG